GCUGUCUGGUUCUUAUAGCGCCGCGGGCGGCGGUUGCGCGGGGACGGCGGGACGGCGGGACAUGGAGGCUGUGCGGCUCGUGGUGCUGGGGCUCGUACUGCUGAGCGCUCAGGGCGACUUCGGGGCAGGGAGCAGGAUCUGGACUUCCGUAGAUGAUGAUGGCUCCAGAACCCGCCUCACAUGCACCUUGAAUCACAGCGCCACCGAGAUUGUGGGCCACCGCUGGGUGAAGGGGGGCAAGGUGCUGAAGGAGGAUGCGCUGCCCGGCCUGAGGACGGAGUACGACGUGGACUCGGACGACCGCUCGGGCCAGUACUCCUGCAUCUUCCUUCCAGAGCAUGCGGGCCGCACCGACCUGGAAGUGAAGGGGCCCCCCAGCGUCAAGGCGGUGAAGAAGUCGGAGCACGCCACCGAGGGGGAGACUGUGGUGCUGGCCUGCAAGUCGGACUCCUUCCCGCCCGUCGCCGACUGGCUGUGGUCCAAGAUGACCGACUCUGGGGACCAGGCCAUCGCUAACAGCUCCCAGAACAAGUUCUUCGUGGUCUCCUCGGAGACCAGGACGGAGCUGCAUAUCCCAGACCUGGACCUGAGCUCAGACCCCGGCAAGUAUGUCUGCAACGGCACCAACUCAGAGGGCGCUGGCCAGGCGGUCAUCACGCUGCGCGUGCGCAACCGCUUCGCCGCCCUCUGGCCCUUCCUGGGCAUCGUGGCCGAGGUGCUUGUGCUGGUCACCAUCAUCUUCAUCUACGAGAAGCGGCGGAAGCCGGACGAGGUCCUAGAUGAUGAGGACGCUGGCUCUGCGCCACUGAAGAGCAGCGGGCACCACGUGAACGACAAAGACAAGAACGUUCGCCAGAGGAACUCCAGCUGAGAGAAGGUCCCAGGCGGAGCCGCAGUGCCAAGCAUCCUGCCGUGAGAAGCCAGUGCUGUCGGGUCACUGCAGGUCUGAGCACGUGGCCGCCCUGAGGGCGUCACCCUCACCGCUGCCCCGUCCACACACCCAGGAAGAGGGUGUCUGCUGCUCUUCUCAGAGCAGGAGCCACUGUGAUGGGCCUCUCUCCCCACCCUACCUUCCUACUCCCCAAUAAAGUGUGACCCCUCA